UGUCCCGCAUCUCCACGCUGGAGCUUCAGAACCAGCUGGAUGAGUACAAGGAGAAAAACCGGCGGGAGUUGGCGGAAAUGCAGAGGCAGCUGAAGGAGAAGACCCUGGAAGCCGAGAAGGCCCAGCUGAUGGCAGCGAAGAUGCAGGAGGAGAGGCGGCUGAUGGAAGAGGAGUUAGGGGACCGCCAGCGUGAGCACGAGGAGGCGCUCAGGAAGAGGCAGCUCCUGGAGCAGGCGCUGAAGCACCUGGAGCACGAGCUGGAGGCCGGAAACCACCUGAAGGAUGAGCGCGGCAGGGCCAUCAAGCAGAUGGAGGACAAAGUGUCUCAGCUGGAGAUGGAGCUGGAAGAAGAAAGGAACAACUCAGACUUGCUGUCUGAGAGGAUCGCUCGGAGCAGGGAACAGAUGGAGCAGGUGAAGAACGAGCUUCUGCAGGAGCGGGCUGCACGGCAGGACCUAGAGUGUGACAAGAUCUCGCUGGAGAGACAGAGCAAGGACUUAAAGAGCCGGAUCCUCCAUCUAGAAGGUUCCUACAGGUCCAGCAAGGAGGGGCUGCUGACACAGAUGGAGGCCAGGAUCGCUGAGCUGGAGGACCGGCUGGAGACCGAGGAGAGGGACCGGGCCAGCCUCCAGCUGAGCAACCGGCGGCUGGAGCGCAAAGUGAGGGAGCUGGUGAUGCAAGUGGAUGACGAGCACCUGUCCCUGACGGAUCAGAAGGACCAGCUCAGCUUGCGACUGAAAGCCAUGAAGCGGCAGGUAGAGGAAGCUGAGGAGGAGAUUGACCGGCUGGAGAGCUCCAAAAAGAAGCUGCAGAGGGAGCUGGAGGAACAGAUGGACAUGAAUGAGCAGCUCCAGGGGCAGCUCAACUCCAUGAAGAAAGACUUGAGGCUGAAGAAGCCGCCCAGCAGAGUCCUGGAUGACACGGAUGACGAGGACGAGCUCAGCACCAAUGGCGGCAGCCUGUAUGAGGCCCCCCUCAGCUACACCAUCCCCAAGGAUGCCGUCAGCCAGCUCUGAGCUGCCCGGCGGGGAGAUAGCCCUCCCCGCUCCCCUUGGGGACGUGGGGACCCCCGAAGCGGGAGACGAGAGGGAGCGCUCGGUGGCCUGGCCACUCACAGGAUGAAUCUUCCAGUACCUUCACCCUAACCCCCAGGUCGGGAUGCAGCUCUGGGCACCUGGGACUCGCAGAACAUUGACUACGCGGCUGCAGAAAUCCGCUGUGGCGGGCUGGAGCUCCUAUGGCCCAGCAUCACUCUGUGCCUGGUUCAGUCCCGUAUGAAAGAAAAGAAAAAGCAAGGGGGCGCAUGGGGAGGCUCCAGAUUUCUGGGGGGUCAUUUACACCCCUGCAGGGUGAUGUGUGCACUCCUAGGCAGCUGCUGUUCCCUUUGGCAAUGUCACAGCGGGUCCCCUGGUGUGACUUGGUGAUAGAGCUCACCCGUCCAGAGAGUAUUAUUUUAAAAAGAAACAAAGUAAGUAUAUAUACACAGAUAAGAGGUUUCGAGUAGUAAAGGGCAUCGGCAGGAGAGGGAUGAGGGGAAGUUAAACUCUGGGAAGCUGGAGAAGAGCGUGGUCAGGGCCGCUGCCCAGAGGCUGAUGUCCAGGAGUCUCAGGAAGCAGCCACAGCAGGUGUCUGGCAGGCAGGCAGCGUCGCUGAGGGCCUUUGGGAUGCUGCCAUCAUUCCUGAGCUGCUCCGACACCGGUGCCCAGUGCGGGUCCUCCGUCCUGGGUCAGGUGGGCCGGGGAGACUGCUUGCUGCGUGUCAGGCUUUGCGCUGUGGUUUCUGGAAGGAUGGGGUGCUCUGCCCCCUGCCUUUCUGAUAGGCAUCGGGAUGGCGGGUGGCUGCCAGGCAGGGAGCAGGAAGGUGUGAGUGCCAAGUCCCCAGGUUGUGGGGUGAGGGCGGGACAGGUGCUGCCAAAGCCACAGUGAGAGGGUGCAGGAAGGGCAAGGAGGCGUGUGUGUGUGUGUGUGUGUGUGUGUGUGUGUGUGUGUGUGUGUGCGCGCGUGCGCGCAAGUGAGAAAAAGAGAAGCACCUUCUGGAGCCUCGGGAGGUGUGGAGACAGGACGGGGGUGAGCGACAUCUCAGGUCGCUGACAGGACAGGGAGGGAAGGGAGCAGUGUCAGGCCUCAAGUCGCAUCCUGACUGCCUGGGACAGAAGGACAUGGGUGAGCAGCGCCAGGCAUGAAGUGAGUGACCGGGACUCUAGCGGGGUGGGGGGACACCAUGUGGGGACACCAGAUACUCAGCUCCUCAGCUCCUGCUCUCAGUUUGCUGGGUGUCACACAUACCCACUCCUCCCUCUGUGACAGUCCCCUGUCAUGCCCAGAAGCCAAGCCCAACACACAUAAGGUUCCUCAGGGCCAGGGUGUGGACAGACAGGUGAGCAGGGCUGAGGUGGCAGCACUAUGGGCCGUGUGCACAUGGGAGACAGAAAUGGGGGGAGCUGGGUGAGGGUCACAGAUAGCUGCCUUGAGGAGGGGGUGGGGAGCCACUUGCCUCCCUGCCCCGGCUGACAGAGGCCGGCAGGAUUCAGGGGGAUCGUGGUCCUUGGCUGGGUGGGGGGCUGGAGUCCAGCCCUUCCCCACUUCUGUGGCCAUUGUCACCCCACCACAGCUGGGGAGUCUGUGAUACUUAUUCCAGCUGCAGAAAGGAUCCUGCCCGGAGCCACCCCAGCAAGUCCAUACUGACCCACGUUUCAGAUAUAGCCUUUGGAACCGGAAAUACACACGUGAACUAAACUGGGUCAAGCCUCCUCCAUCCUGGAGGGGUUGGAGUCUAGGGACUCCCUGGCAUGAUGACCCUAAGUAUGGUCUUGAUUUCCCCAUCACCAACCCCCAGUGUUGCCACCCUCAUAGGCAUGUGCCCGUAAGCUGGCCUGGAGGGCUCAGCAGAAUGCCACAUCCCUGCCAGCAGCUCCCCCUGGUGGUAUCAAGGCUGGUAUCAAGGAGCCCGGUGGGCAUGCACAGAGGAUCAGGGGGCACCAGGGCUGGGAGGUGAGCAGAGUAUGGCAGUAUGACCCUGGCAACUUGAUCAGUGUCCGGAGAACUCUGGCCCGCCUCGGGCUCGAAUUUGAUUCUCUUCAUGUAUUAUCUUCUUUCCCUCUCAGUUCCUUUAUGAGAUAACCUCGCUUAAAGAUACUUCCUUUCGCUAGCUGCAGAAGAGAAAAAGUAUGAUAUUUGAUGCCAGUGUGGCCAGACGCAAUGCUGAGCAGACAGUUGGUAGAUAGUGUUCAGAAUGUGAGUGUCACUCUGACGGCAAUCGGCUGCUUCUGGUGGGUUCCUGCUUUGGCUGGGUGCAGGGCGUCAGUUGCCCUGAUUUGUGCCAAGGAAGACAUACUAUUCUUGCCACAGCUACCUCUGUGUAAGUAAGGCCCUCUGUGAAGCAAAGGCCUUUAAAUAAACGCUGUCACCCAAUGGGAA